ACAAGAUAAGUUCCUCAAAAGUAGAUCCUGUUUUAAAGCACAACAAGAUUGAGCUGCGUUUAUAGAGCAAAGACACAGACGAAAGAAGCUCAAACAGAAGGAAAUUUAUUACAGAUGUGCUGGCCUGUUUCUGUCACAGCCUCUGAAGACGCACACUAAGGCUCUUGCUGUCUUUUCAUCACUACUCUUUGACAAAAAAAGAAACCUCCAGUGACACGUCUUGUAGCAAAAGUGGAGUUUGUAAGAGCUCAUUUGGCAUUCACAUUACUGGAGGAACUUCAUUUCAAAAAAGAAAAUGAGGCUGAAUUUUACAGCAGAGUGGAUUUUUCAGGGGUGGAUUAUGCUUGUGCUCCUCUGGCAAGCCUUUUACACUCAGGCAAUCCCUUUACAACAAACCCAGAAAUGUGAUCACACACAGUAUGAAAAAUAUGGAAAAUGCUGUAGCAAAUGCAAAAAAGGAGAGUAUAUGACAAGCUGGUGCACAGAAACCUCUGAAACAAAGUGCCUACCAUGUGGAUUACAUGAGUACCAGGAUGACUGGAACACAGAAGGAGCCUGCAUACCACAGAUAUUCUGUGAUAAAGAGAAAGGAUAUCAGGCAUCGGAGCCAGAAACAAAUACAGCAGCCUUGAAAUGCGUGUGCAUGCCUGGCUUUCAGUGUUUACGUGUCUACUGCGAGUUCUGUGAGAAGGUGAAAGUGUGCCCCCCUGGAUAUGGAGUGCAAAAUUCAACCUCCCUUUGUAAAAAGUGUCCACAAGGCUUUUUUUCCAACGUUUCUUCAGCAACAGACCCUUGUAUGCCUUGGACUGACUGCAAGAAACUUGGAAUGGUUACAAAGCAGCCUGGAAAUGCAACCAAUGAUGUGGCGUGUGAUCAUGACGAAUCCAGGAACUGGAUAUUAUGGGGUUCUGUGUUAAGCACAUUGACUUUGUUGAUUGCGGUGCUCCUUAUUGUAUUGCUGGUAUGCUACAAAGAAAGGUUCAAAAAACUUUAUGAAGACCUUCGAUUGUAUGUUUCAAGUGUGCAGAACACUACAGAAACUCCAGUCCCGACAUCUAUUGAAGAAGUUUUUGUUAGCCACUCUUUAGAUUCCAGCCAGGAAACUCCACUUUUGGUUCAAACCUGUGAGAAGAAUGAAACAGUUAUUGUUAACAAUUGCUUAAAUGGAUCACCACAGCACAGAAAUGUCAGCCAACCUCCUGUGUCCGGCCAGUCUAAUGUGACUGAGAAUGAAAGGGAACCCAACAGUAGGACAUCUGAGCCAGAAGAAGUUGGAGACUGCAGCUGUGUGUCUUCUUUAAAAGGGCCAUUAGAACUUGGAGAAAAUGAGCUCAAUCAGCUGUAUACACAUCAGAAUUGCUCCUGUGGGACAGACAAUGCUAACAAUGAAUUCCGAUCCUUACAAGAGGUUUGCUAUUGCAGCGUUUGCUGUGGAAAUAUAAGUAGCAGCGUGAACUGUGGAGAUAAAUGCAGCUCUGGCCAGGCCACUGACUCCUGCCAGUCAUGUGCCAUGGACUCCACGCUGCCUGCUAAAGACCAUGCUACCUUUCAGACUCGGAUAGGCAAUGCAGCCUCUGAUAUAAGACACAAUCUGAAUUGCAGCUGCAGCAUGGACACUACAAAUGAUUCAUUUGAUUCCUUUUGUACAGGAGUUAAUUUAGAAGAAAAUAGUAAACAGGACAAGGAAAACGAAGACAGCACCCAAGCUGCAGGAGAUUCUUCAUCAGUAUCUGGUAAUGUGAUGGGGAACAAUAACACCACAUUUAUUUCAAAUGGGAAGGUGAUGAACUUUAGUGGAGAAGUGAUUUUUGUGUAUGUCAGUCAAAUGUCACAGAAUGGCAGUGAAAGGACAGAAGAGGAUGUUGGUUCUCCUGUACAAGAAGAAAGUACUGACAGUAGCUUUCAAGGAGAAGCUAAACAAGCAUACAAUCACAUGUCAGAAGAAAAUAUUUCCUAUCCUUUACAGGAGGAAAGCUUGCAUAGAAAUGAUAGGCUCCCUAUUCAGGAAGAAAGCAAGGAGUGGAUGCUACAGAGUUGUGUGUAAAUACUGUCCUCUGUCUGGAACAGAUGUGACUGAGAAGGCUUUGCUUUCAGCUUCUUGAGCAAAAUCAUUCAUCUGUGUCAACAAGAAGAGAGGAAGCUUAUUGUAAAAAUGGAUAUCUACAAUAAUAUUUAUUUAGAAAAGCACUGAUGUAACCAAUAGUUAGACGAAUCCAGCCUCUUUUUGUGAGGCUUGGUGAACAUCAUUGCAACAAAUUGGAAGGACUAAAGAAGUCAAUUAGAUGCUGAGCAUUUAAGUUGACAGAAUUAUCUGACUCUGCAAUUGUCUCUUAUUUUUGUAGUAUCAAACUGGAAAUGCCAAUGUGGAAUAAUAGUCAUAAGUGGAAUGCUCCAUGAUGAGUUAUUUUUGUAUGGUCUUGAAGGACAAUGUAACCAAAUUAAAAGCUAAACGUUCAUCUCUGAUGGGAAGUACAGUAACUUAAAGUAUGGGUAUGCUAAUGUACUUUUUGUAAAUUUAUAUAAUUAAUCGAACUUUCAGAUAUGGCAGCAUCUUUUAAGUUAUCCAGACACUUCCUUGCCUAUUAAGUUACUGAACUUGGGAUUUAAAAAAUGUUAUGUGAAUUUAAAAUAAAAUGUGUUCUAUUAAUUAA